AUGAAAAUCGAGUUGAACAUUAUGGUUGACGUUCUUGUCAAUGUUCAGCUGCCUUCCACAAAUACAUAUUCUAUUUCGUUAUUGUAUUUCUUUAAUUCUUUCUGUCUAUCUCUGAUUUUUCCUAUCUAUCUAUCUAUCUAUCUAUCUAUCUAUCUAUCUAUCAGAUCUAUCUAUCUAUCUAUCUAUCUAUCUAUCUAUCUUCAUUAUUUAAAACUCUGUUCAUAUCUAUCUAUGUAUAUAUCUAUCAAUCCAAGUUUGUCAAUUAUCUAUCUAUCUAUCUAUCUAUUUUUGUUUAUAUCUAUCUAUCUAUCUAUCUAUCUAUCUAGCACUGCCUAUAUUCUGUUCAUAUCUAUUCUGUAUCAACAUGUUCAUAUCUAUCUAUCUAUCUAUCUAUCUAUCUAUCUAUCACAACAUUUAUUGGCUAAUCUAUUUCCUUUCUUCCCACAUAUAGAUAUAUAG